AUGGUGUCAGUCUUCUGCUUUUGCUCCUCUCCCAAUUAUGAAGAGGAAGCUGCAAUCAUCGUUGUCAAUGGCAACUUGAAGCUUGCCUACUCCUAUCCAUUACCUUCCUUGAUCUCCCACUCACCCACCGCUCACCAUUCGGAAAAUGAGGGACUCGCCUACGACCGCUCUGCACAACACUUCAUCGUUGGAUCCCUCCGCCACCGCUCGAUCCACUCCGUCUCCGAUGCUGGCGUCGUCGACACCCUCAUCACCGACCUCUCCCUCCCUCCCAACGCCUCGAUCCUCGGCCUGGCGGUCGAUUCCGUCAACAACCGCCUCCUCGCCGCCGUCCACUCCAUGGCCCCGCUCCCAAUCUUCAACGCCUUAGCCGCCUACGACCUCCGCACCCGCCAGCAGCUCUUCCUCUCCCUCCUCCCCGACGGCGGAGCCACCGGCCGCCCCGUCGCGAACGCGGUGGCCGUCGACUUCAAGGGCAACGCGUACGUCACCAAUUCCUUGGGAACCGAGGAAGGUAACUUCAUCUGGAAAGCAGAUUCGGAAGGAAACGCGUCGAUCUUCUCCAGAUCGGAUAAAUUCACGAAUCCCCCGUCGACCAUGACCUGCCGUACAGCGAAUCGGGGCUCAACGGCGUGGCCUACGUCAGCAAGGGGUACCUUCUCGUGGUGCAGAGCAACACCGGGAAGGUGUUCAAGGUCGAUGAGGUUACCGAGGGAGCGAGGCGGGUGA